UUCCGGCUGAGGAGCAAGCUAGCUAGUUCUAUCACUGCACUGUGCACAGUACAAUGUGAUCUAAAUUUCAUUGCCAUCAGAAGUUUGGAUGAAAAUCGUUUGUUGUCAUGAUGGAGCCUAGCAGCUGUGCUGGGUUAGAGUUAGUACAUGCUGAGAACGGUUCUCCAGAUCAUGUCUCCGAAGGUGCAGCAGUAAGAGUGAGGCUAGCUGGCAAUGUUUUCACAGUGGAUAAAACUCUGCUGGAAGACAACUGUGAAUAUUUCCGGGCACUUUUCCAAUCAGGAAUGAAGGAAUGCCAGCAGGAGGAAAUUUGCCUUCAGGUAGUGAGUGCUCGUGGCUUCGUUGUGGCACUUCGGGUGAUUAAUGGUGAGAGACCUAUUCUUGAUAGUGAUGAAAUUGUUGAAGCUGUAGAGUGUGCUGCAUUCCUUCAGGUGAAACUUCUUGCUAUACAUCUUGUGAACAUAAUUAAUUCUGAUAACUGCCUCCUCAUAUAUCACUCAGCUGCUGCUUAUGGCUUAUGGGAACUGUUUGAAAGUGCAGCUUUGUUCAUUUGUGACAUGUACCAAGACCUUAAAGAGGAUGUACAGUGCUUGCCAAAGGAACUUACUGAUUAUAUUGAAUCUCUUAUUCCUAGUAAAUAUGUUAUUAUCGGGACCCACUCACCUACCAUUAAGCUGCUUCAGGAUUUUAUGAGGACAGUAUGUUACCUUGAUGAGGAUGACAACGAGUGGAAAGUUCUUACUCACCUACCACUUAACACAAGCACUACCAUGGCUGGGGUUGCUGUACUUGAUAACAAGAUUUUCAUUGUUGGAGGGGUGUAUGACAUUAGCAAAAAAGUUGUAGACUCUGGCUUCUGCUACGAUGUGACCUUAGAUACCUGGACUCCAUUUUCAAGCCCACAACAGCUCCGUUAUAACUGUACCCUGGUGGGACAUGAAGGCUCUCUUUAUGUGCUGGGUGGAGAGUUUAAUAGAUCCACCUUGUCAUCUGUAGAAAAAUAUAACGUGUCCACAGACACAUGGAGUUUUGCUGCUCAUCUUCCUAGAUCUGCCUCUGCUGUAGCUUGCACAAUGACAAUGGGUAGGAUAUUCAUUUGUCUGUGGAAGCCAAAAGAUGCCACUGAGAUAUAUGAAUACCUAGUAAACAGGGACGAGUGGACUUUAGUGACUACACUCAUAAGGCAUCAAAGUUAUGGCCACUGUAUGGUGGCACAUAGGGACAAUUUGUAUGUAAUGAGGAAUGGGCCAUGUAAUGACUUUUUGAGAUGCAUGAUGGACUGUUAUAAUCUGACCUCGGGUCAGUGGACAGCCAUGCCAGGACAGUAUGAGAACAGCAAAGGAGCUUUAUUCACAGCAGUAGUGAGAGGUGAUUCUGUUUUUACGGUGAACCGCAGAGCAACAGUGGAGUAUGCCAUUGAGGACAACAAAUGGAGGACAAAAAAAGAGAUGACAGGAUUUCCAAGAAUUGGCUCUAUGUCGACUUUUCUCCUGAGACUGCCAAAGAAAACCAAUGAGGCUCUGGGAAAGGAAGAUUUGACAAAUGGCCAAGUUUUUACUGCCUCCUCUCACGUCUUUCCAAGCUCAUCUGUAGAAUGCUGUUAUUGACCUCACCCGGACUUUAGAGAAGUAAUUAAUUUUUCUGAUGUUUAUUCUGUAUGCUUACAUGUACCUGUGUUUUGCAUGGUGUCCCCAUGUCCUUGAAUGUUUUUCUCUGGGUUUUAUGGACCCCUCCCCACCUCCCAAAACAUGCCAGUCAUAAUAGCUGGUUUAUAAUAGCCCGAGACUUGAAAGAGUAUGUGAUGUAUGUGUGAGUGUGUAUGUAUUGUGCCCUGCAAAAGACUGGCACACCACUCAGGACAUUUUCCCACUCUAUGCUUUGCUACAGAUUCAGGACAAAGCAGUUGCUGAAAAAUGCAUGAUUAAAGCAUAUAAAGCUUUAAAAUAAUAGGAAAUGUGUUCUAAUCUGACAACGCACAAAUAAAAUACAUUUAAAAAAUUUUUAUUUCUAAGGCU